UUGAUUUGUCAAUAUACAUGUGUCAAACAGGAUUCAAAAACUCGUCCAGCUGAUAAAAUAGUUUCUGUCUCUGAAUCUCUUACUAGUGCAAGCACGAUUUUGAACUCAUUCUACAAUUGUUUUCAGAUGAGAGAAAGCAAGUGUUGUGUCCUAUAACAUUUGUGGUAUCUGUUGUGUAGUAGCCUCUUCCAGAAUAUCGGUCCCCUCCAACUGUAUUUACUUUAUUUUAACCUAAAAAAACUGGCUGGAAUUGGAACAUAACGGUUUCUUGUGCUACAUUCUCAACUUCAACGUAGGCCUAUGAAAAAUUUGUUUUAGAGAAACGGCUUAUACAUCGUUUUGAUUUCAUUCAAGAUAUUAAAUAGAUUAAUAAAAUCACUGAGCCUAGUUAUGCUGGCGAGAAUAUCAUUUUAUCCUUCUUUAUUUUACAAUGUAGUCAUGGAAAAAGUAUCCAGUCGAAAUUGGUAUGAUAGAAUUGAUGAAACAGUCAUACUGGGGGCUUUACCCUUCAGAAACAUGACUAGACAGCUCAUGGAUGAAGAAAAAGUAAGAGGUGUUGUCUCCAUGAAUGAAGACUAUGAAUUGUAUAUGUUUUCAAACAAUGCAGAGCAAUGGAAGGAGCAAGGAGUAGAAUUCCUACAGUUAAGCACAACAGAUAUUUUUGAAGCUCCAUCACAAGAAAAGUUGGAAAAAGGUGUGAACUUUAUUAAGAAGUUUGAAGGGACUGACCAAUCGGUGUACGUACAUUGUAAGGCUGGACGGACUCGUAGCGCUACCCUCGUUGGAUGUUAUCUAAUGAAAAAACAUGGAUGGAAACCGGAGGAGGCUGUGAAGUUCAUCCAAGACAAGAGGCCCCACCUGCUACUGCGCUCCAAACAGUGGGAAGCUCUCAGCCAGUUCCACAGGGACCAUGUGGCCACUCAUGAUACCGCCACAUAAGUGAUAGUUUUGCUUUCAUUCAUCAAUUUUUAUAUACCUUUGCAUUUUUAUACAGCGACUUCGGCCAGCUUGCAAUCCUCUAGUUAGGAAUCAAUGGGUUUUUCGUAGAGGAGGCUAUAAAUAGUUUGGUUCUAGCAAGCGAGUGGAUGCUUAAGUGGAUUAUUGAAAUUGAAAUCAUAGACUUUGUUACAACAAUAUAUGCCGUACUUAUUUAUUGACAUAACGUGUUUAAAACAUACCUAUUAGCAUACUAUCCAUGAAAACUGUAAAUUAAGGUAUUUUAUAGUCUGUUUUUUAUCAGGUAAAUCGUGUGAACUCAUUGUAGUGGUGCUAUAAUAUUAAUCCUAUUUUAAGUUUGUAGUUUAUGAAUAUUUUUAUAUUUAUUUUCUUGACAAGUCACUAUUAUAUUUACACUAUUUUAUAGAAAGAAAUGUUACUUAAACAUUUAUAUGUUGCUUCACUCAAUAUCUUACCUUAAAUUUGCAAGUUUUGACAUUAGAGUAUUUUAUGUGCUGUAUUCCUUUAUAUCAUAUUGAGGAUUAUGUCCAUGAACACUGAUUUCAAUUAAACAUGAACAACCAGUGAUGCUUGAAAAACAAACACAAACAAACCAAUGAAACAGGUGGUUUGGAUAUUGGCUUAAUAUUUAAGAUAGUUAUUUGUAAACAGUUGACGUCUUCACGAUAAGGGGAGACAAUGUUUGAAUUGUGAACAUGUAAUGUAGGUUAUGCAUACCUCUUUAUUGAGUUCAAAUGAUAUUGUUUGGUACUAUGGCUUGCAUAGUUACAAGAGUAAGAUAAGUAACAUAACUGAAAUAUUGUAACUUAUUACAUAAAUGCUUCUGGACUUUACAUUACAGAUUGCUCUAAAUUUUGACAACCUGUCACCAGAUGCUUGUCUACCAUGAUGGCUCUAAUAUGUACUCACCAUACACCAGAUGUCCCAAGAGUUCCAAUUCCUCAUCUUAUCUUUUGAAAAGUUGGGAGUUUUUUAAUCUUCAGUAAAUUAACAACACCUGAGGAUGUUUGUUUGAAAAUUACUCCUCUUUCCUAAAAAAUGACGGGGUCAACUCAGGUUUUAAUAGGAUUAACCAAUUCGUAAAAUUAAAGGUAUUAAUGAGAGAAAACCAACAGCAACACCAAUAUCUGACCACUCUGUCUACAAUGGAUACUUUUCAACAAAAUUACAAUUUUACACUACUUUGGAUUGUCACCUUAAAGAUCUCUAAAUUUUAACGUUAUUCUUCUUUUAUCAAGACCUUUACAAUGACGUGUCAUACAGUAGCAUUACUGUCCAAAAAUAUUUUCUUUUUCCUAAAAAAUGGAAACUACAGUGUAAAUGAUUUUUUACAAUUAUUAUUUAAUCAUGUUAUAUAUUUGUUAGUAUUAUCUUAUACUAUAUAAAAAUUAACCUUGUAUCUGUAAAAGAUUCUAUGGCAGAAAUGUUGUAUGAUAGCAGUUCUCUAUGACAAUUUUUAGAUAGUGCUACCGUGCUAUACAUUUUCCCUACAGUUUUGCAUUUGAGAUCUAAGUAUUGGGUAUUUUUCUUAUUUUGAGCAUUUACUCAAUAUAAAUUACUUAUAAAUGAUUACAGUUUCUGCCACUUCUGCUAGAUAAAGCACAUCCAGAAUGUUUAAAAUGGCAACAGAUAACCAUAUCUUCUCAUAUACUGUUACAUAUAUGAAUAUAUAUAUAUAUAUAUAUAUAUAUAUAUAUAUAUAUAUUAUAUAAAACACAAAUACAUAUAUGUAACUCAACGUUGUUGUCUAUGAAUAAAAAAAAAUGUAUUUUAUUGUAAUCAAAAGUUGUACUAACAUUUAUUUACUAAAAAUUACAAAAAGUGAUUAUCAGUUUUGCAUCUUUAAUAAAGCAUCCAGUUGACUAGCCAAUCGCCAUAAGUAUAAGUGAUCUGGUGAACAUCUGGUAUUAUUAUGUAAUCAGUUAACUUGAUUCAUUAUUAGUUUCUUACAAAAACUGAAAUUAUAAUGCUUAAUUAUGAUUGUAAAUAAAUAAUGGUUCCAAGUGCGAGGAUGGCAUCUGUUAUGUAGAAGCUCAACUGAAAACAUUUAACUCCAACUCUAGUAGGCCUAUUUGCAAUAAUACAUUAUCGUAAAAUAAAUAGGCCUUUUAAUAUUUGUAUGUAUAGAAUAAGUAUUUAUCACUGAAUAACUAUGUGAUCUGAGAAAAUAUUUCUGCUUAUUUAUUAUACUAUCUAUUGUAUUAAGAAAUUCAAAAACAAUGUUAGUUAUAUUAUAUUUAUUUCUAAAUGGUUUUCCUAGAUGUAAUAUUUUUAAUUAAUCUUAAUCAUGGAUCAGAUCAUAGUGUGUCAAACUAGUACAUGGAAGGCAAUUAUAUUGCUACAAUCUUGUUCACAUUACAUAUAAACCGCCUUCUC